AUGUACAUCAAUUUUCCUGGCUUUUUAUCGCUGUAUCUUAGCACCGGGCUAGGAUCACUCUUUCAAACCCAGAACGUGUUAACUCCCUCCAUUUCCAACAACGAGGGCGUUUCCCCUAUUGAUCAAACCUGGGGGCCUCCAUCGGAUUUUGUUAAACCAGAGGCAAUCGUUCUUUGGCAUGGCUUGGGCGAUAACUACAACUCUCUGGGUAUGCGCCAUGUGAAGGAAACUAUUAACCAACUCAUGCCUGAGGUUUAUGUUCACAACGUGGCGGUGGAUCUUGAUCCUUCUAUUGAUGAGAGACGCUCCAUGAUGGGUGACGCAAAUGUGGAGUUAGACUUGGUCUGUGAGGAAUUGAGCAAAGUUCCCGAAUUGCAACACGGUUUCGCAGCCAUGGGGUUCUCUCAAGGAGGCCUAUUCUUAAGAGCUUUGGUAGAAAGAUGCUCAAAUGUGUCAGUUCUGACGCUUGUCACAUUUGGCUCACCACAUAUGGGUGUCCUGGAGCUUCCUAUGUGUGCCGAUAAGAAUGACUGGCUUUGUAAGAAGAGGAACGAGAUUUUGAAGAAGCAGGUGUGGUAUGACACAAUUCAAAAGUCAAUCAUUCCAGCUCAAUACUUCAGGGCUACCUCGGACUACGACCGCUAUUUGAAGCACCUGAAUUUCCUCGCUGAUAUCAACAAUGAGCGCAGCGAUUCUUUUAGUGUGGCGGCCAAAGAGAGAUUUUCUAAAUUGAGGAAAUUGGUGUUGAUCAAAUUCACCGAGGAUACCACACUUGUACCCAAGGAGAGUGCUUUCUUUCAAGAGGUAGACCCCUUGGGAGGCUAUAUCGUGGAUAUGCGCCAAACAAGACUUUACAAGGAAGAUCUCAUAGGCUUGAGACAACUACACAAAGAGGAUAAGAUUGACUUUCUUACCGUGGAAGAUAAUCACAUGAGGUUUCUGGACGCAUUUUUGGUUGAUAUAAUCAGCAAAUACUUCAUGAAUGGAUUAUAG